GCGCAGCAGCCUCAGCCUCCUGGGACUCUAUAAAAGCCCUCAGUCACCGUUCAGGGAGCACGGAGGAAGCUCAACCUCUCAGGUUUAUCUGUCUAACAACCAUGAAGGCUGUAGCUCUGAUCUUUGCUCUGGCGGUCAUCACUGGCUGCAAUGCCCGUGCUGUGCGUCAGGCUGAUGCCACCCCAAACCCCUGGGAGGACACCGUGGACCGUUUCUGGCAGUACAUCUCUGGGCUGAAUGAACAAGCAGAUGGAGUCCUGCAGAACCUUAAGGCCUCUCAGCUCAGCAGGGAGCUAGACACUCUGAUCACUGACACCAUGGCAGAGCUGUCAGCCUACACAGAUAACAUCCAGACCAAGCUGAGUCCCUAUGCUGACACGUCCGCUAGUCAGAUGUCUCAGGACCUGCAGCUUCUGGCCAACAAACUGCAGAAGGACAUGCUGGAUGCCAAGGAGCGCAGCACUGAGUAUCUGGGAGAGCUCAAGACCAUGAUGGAACAGAACACAGAUGACGUCCACAACCGCCUCAGCACCUACUCUAACAAGCUAAAGAAGCGCCUGAACAAGGACACUGAAGAGAUCCGCAAUGCUGUGGCCACCUACCUGGAGGAGCUCCAGUCCCGCACCUCCCAGAACCUGGGCACCGUGAAGGACCAUGUUGAGCCCUACGUUGUGCAGGCCAGUGACACCGCCACCAAGAAGCUGACUGACCUCUCUUCUAUACUGAAGAGCCAGGCUGAGGGUCUGGGCCAGCAGUUGGAGACCCAGGCUGAAGGCCUCAAGACCCAGCUGGAGGCCACCGCCCAGGACCUGCGCACCUCCUUGGAGGGCAAGAUUGAUGAGCUGACCGAGAUGUUCUCCCCCUAUGCCACCAAGAUCCGCGAACAGUUUGAGACCAUCGUGGACAAGGUCAAGGAGUCCACCACUGCAUAAAGAAAGACACUGAGGUUUUUUUAAGGGUUGUAGAUGGUUGGUGAAAUGUGUAAACCACUGAUUUCUUCAUACCCUGAAAAAGAGGGGAAAUGGGGGAGUUGAGAGUUACUGAUGAUAUCUUAAUUUUGGGCACUUUAGUGUUCAGGGUAAGUGGGAUGACAAGAGGAGGGAGGGAGGAUGAGAAGCAUCUUUUACAGAACAGUCAGCAGAUAAAUGUCUGUUUGGGUUCUUUCCUCUGCAUAGUCACCCUCUCUUCUUCUCUUAUCAACUCCCUUUGUUACUGAACACAAGCCCAAUAGUUAAUAACAGCCUUUAUUACACAAACAGGAGACAAUUAUUUGUAAUAUGCUUUACUUUUCUACUUUGAAUUAACUGCCCCCCCCCACACACACACACAAUUUUGUAUUGCGUUUCCUACACUUUGUUUGGUUGUAAAUAAAACUGCUGAGUUUGAGCCUUAAAGGCAGGGAUUCAAGCCCGCGAUCAUCUUUAAUUGGACCAAACACGAGUCUUUCAUUUCAAUAAAUGCACUGAAUUGUGAUGAUCAAAAGAUUAAGGUAUCACUAAAGUGCCCUUCUGUAUUGUCUGCAUUUCUUGUUGCUGUGCUUCACAGAAAAGUGGAAUGUAAAAUGACUUGAUGCAAAUAUGACAAUCAGUGAGUAAAGUAUGACGCUGCCUACCUGUACUUCAGUCUGAGUAUAGAGGGUCCCUUGUGUUUCACAUGUCAUAUGCCCACCAUGCUGCUCACUAUUGUACUAUUGUGCUGCCUGUGGCUGCAGUGCACUGAACAGUACUGAGUGAAUAAAGAACCUAGAAAAGA